CGCGCGAAGUAGAGAGAGACCAACUUUUCCAUUUCACUGUCUCAUCACGAGCCACCUACCUAUUUUUUUUUCAUUUUGAAUUAUUUCAUUAAUAUAUUGUGGCCAUGCACGGGCUCGCCUGGCUCCCCGCCGCCCUGCUUGCCCUGCUGCUGUCCGGCUGCGCUCCUCCUGCUCGGGCAUACUUUGCGGAGGAGCGCUGGAGCCCCGAGUCUCCGCUCCUCGCACCCCGGGUCUUCCUCGCUCUCAUCUGCCGAAACUCGGAGCACUCUUUACCGUAUUUCCUCGGUACCAUUGAACGCCUCAACUAUCCCAAGGACCGAAUGGCUUUAUGGGUAGCGACUGAUCACAACAAGGACAACACCACAGCCAUUCUGCGGGACUGGCUUGUCAAGAUGCAGAGCCUUUACCAUUAUGUGGAGUGGAGGCCACAAGAGAAACCCGAACGUUAUCAGAAUGAAGACGGUCCGAAGCAAUGGACGGACCUCCGUUAUGAGCACAUUAUGAAGCUGCGGCAAGUAUCGCUGGAGUCAGCUCGUGAGAUGUGGGCAGACUACUAUAUGUUGGCGGACUGUGAUAACCUCCUCACCAACCCCGAUGUGGUCUGGAAGCUCAUGAACGAGAACAAGACCAUCAUCGCACCGAUGCUUGAAUCCCGUGCAGCCUAUUCAAACUUCUGGUGUGGAAUGACCUCCCAGGGUUACUAUAAGCGCACUGCUGCCUACAUGCCCAUAAGAAAGCAUUUGCGCAAGGGCUGUUUUGCAGUUCCCAUGGUCCACUCCACUUUCCUGAUAGACCUCAGGAAAGAGGCGUCCAGGGAGCUGGCCUUUCACCCGCCACACCCAGAAUACAGCUGGGCUUUUGAUGACAUCAUUGUGUUUGCGUACUCCGCUCGGAUGGCAGAUGUUCAAAUGUUUGUAUGUAAUAAGGAGAACUAUGGUUACUUCCCUGUGCCGCUGCGAUCCCACAAUACUUUGCAAGACGAAGCUGACAGCUUCUUGCACUCCUUGCUGGAGGUUAAUGUGCGAAAACCCCCAGUGAUGCCUUCCAAAUACGUACCUGUACCUAAAAAACAACCCGACAAACUGGGCUUUGAUGAGGUGUUCAUGAUAAACCUGCAGAGGCGGACCGACCGCAGAGAACGUAUGAUGAGGGCACUAUACGAGCAGGGGAUCACUUGUAAGGUCACUGCAGCUGUAGACGGAAAAGCAACAAAUAUCAGUGAAAUUCAUGCUAUGGGCAUCCACAUGCUCCCCGGAUAUAAUGACCCCUAUCACGGUCGCCCACUGACGAAGGGAGAGCUGGGAUGCUUCCUUUCCCACUAUAACAUCUGGAAAGAGGUUGCAGAGCGACGCCUGAAAACCUCCCUGGUGAUUGAGGACGACCUGCGCUUCGAGAUCUUCUUCAAACGACGCUUGAUGAACUUGAUGAGGGAGGUGGAGGAUGAAGGCCUGGACUGGGAUCUCAUUUACAUCGGUCGGAAGAGAAUGCAAGUGGAUCAUCCUGAGAAAGCUGUGCCUAAUAUACACAACUUAGUGGAAGCAGACUAUUCAUAUUGGACACUGGGUUAUAUGAUAUCCUUACAAGGUGCAGAGAAGCUUUUGAAAGCAGAACCACUUAAGAGGAUUUUGCCGGUGGACGAGUUUCUUCCGAUCAUGUACAAUAAACACCCUGUGUCCGAUUAUAUGGAUCAGUUUGAAACCAGGGACCUGAAGGCAUUCUCAGCCGAGCCUCUUCUUGUGUAUCCGACUCACUACACGGGCGAUCAUGGCUACAUCAGCGACACUGAGACCUCCACAGUGUGGGACAACGAAAAGGUCCGUACAGACUGGGACAGAGAGCGCUCGGGAAAAACUGGAGAGCAGGCUGAGAUCAGCACUGAGGCCCAGAACUCAGAUGUGCUCCAGUCGCCUUUGGACAGCGCAGCACGGGAAGAGCUAUGAGAGGAACUGAAUGAGAGCCUCUCAAUAUUUUACAAACCACCUUAGUUUUUUUUUGUUUGUUUUUUUUUUGUUUUUUUUACAAUCAUGCUUCAUCUUCGAUACUUUUGAUUUUGCAUCACAUCGAGGGGAUGUGACAUCAGAGUUUGUAGAAGGAUUUAAUUUAACCAGAUAUGACGAGUUAAAAAGGGAACAGGUCAGGCGUCUCGAGUUUUCUGUUGUGUUAUCUGUUUUGUAGUUUUUACUUUAUAAAGGCACUAGACUUGCCAUUUUGAGUGGCAUUUGCAGUACCCAACUUCUGUCUGUCAUACAGAAAUGAUCCUAUUAGCAAAGAAUGCAAUUGGACUGUAACAUUUCAGUCAUCGAGCAGUUAACUUUGUCCUUAUUUGAGUUUACACUGUGAAAUGCUUUUUUCUCUCUUAAUAUCUCAAUAUGACAAAUGCAAAAUCAAGACUUUCGCAGACAUUCAUGUCUUGAAUCAAACCAUAAUCAUUGUUAAUUUGUUUGUCCAAGAGGAGAAACAUCUGCAUGUCUUUUGCUUUGAUCUUUAGUAUUUUGUCCUUUUGUACUUCAUAUUGCUGUGUUUUGAAUAAUCAUUAGCCAACACUCACAGACGCUUGCAGUAGAGCUUUACCAAAGCAACAAAAAACAGUUGAAGUAAACUCAGAAUUACAGAUUUACAGACUGCUGUAGAGUAUAUACCAAUGCUGUUCAUUAUACCCGUGACCCUUGUAGCCACUUUGGGAAUGUUUCCAGACUACGGUAAUGCCGCCAAACCCGCUGUUGACAUGGUUAUAGAUGGGAAAAACCACCGUACACGCCUCAAACUUGGUGGCUUGGGAGUAACAUGGUCAUAAAUGCCCUUUAAGUUCCCUCGAAAAGAACCCACCCAACCACAUCCAAACACACAUUAGUCUCCACCCCUUAAUCACUUUCAGUUAAACCUGAAUCUAAGAAAAUUAGGUGACUAAGACCUGAUAAAAGGCCCCUGCAAAAGAAGAUAUAAACAACAUAAAAUCUGUAUAAAGGUACUUUUUACAGAGCACGUAUUUAUUCUGUUUUGGUUUUGAUUGACAUUGCUACACUUAUUUGCCAAUGGAAGUUUAUUUUUUAGUAUUAAUGGGAGCCGGUAACCCAUGGAUCUUGCACGAAAAUGAUAGUGGCCCAUUGUGCCACCAAAAAAUAAAAAUAUAUAUUUAAAAAAAUAAAAAAGUUGAAUUUGUGAUUACUGUGACUUGCAUAUUAUCAUGCUGGUGUAACCAAAUGUUCUCUGUUAACGUCUUUGCAACUUUAACUUCACGGUUAGCAAUUUGCCCAAAUAGUUUGAACAGACAAAAGACAGGAGGGCCCACUUCACUCAUAACUUUGUUCUUAAGAAGAAAUUAGCAUUUUGUCACAGAAAAGAGGUUUGGUAUUUUAAAUAGGAUGCUUCUGUUACAGUUACUGAUCUUUUACAACUGUGAGCAUGUUCAUCCCUCUCUCACUUGUUUUUACUUUCUUAACCCUCAAGGUGUCAUCGUUUUACUAACACUCUGCUUCAACUGUGAAGCUAUGAGGCAACAACAAACAACCCAAUACAGAACAAUUUAAUUGUGGAGUAUGAACUCCUCUGUUGAUUAUGUGAAGACAAACUUGAUUUUAUUAUGUAUUCUGAUGUAUUACAGAUGAAGUAUUAGCUGUUUUGUUACAUUAAUACCUAUCAAGGUGAAAUGUCUGUUAUGAA